CAGACGCUCCUUCCUGCUUCUUGUCCCCCCACCCCCUCGGACCCCUUUCAUCACUCCUGGAAAACUGGCUUUUGAGAUUUGGUAGCCCGAUAUCUGACUGAGCCGCAAAUUCUUCAGAUGCGUGCAUGCGCGCCAUGCAGAAGCCCCAAGGAGCAGUGCAAAGGAGGACGAAAGUGGAAGAACGUUACCCAGAAGCACCUGAGAAAGAGGAGAGGUUAGAGUCCAGAGGGGAAAUUUUUCACGGUGCCCAGAGUGGGACCAAAAAGAAGCUUCUGGCUGGAAUGGCUCCAAAGCCAAUUAAGCAGGAACCCGAGGAGGAGCUGCAGCCGUGCUGGGAGGCCCAGUGGCAGGAGUUCCUGAAGACCAUGCAGGCCCCGUAUUUAGGGUGGAGAGCCUCACAGCUGUCUUCACCCCACUUAGGGGGAGGCCUGAAGGAAUUCCCAGCCUCCUCCUUCAAGGAGGCUGGCUUGUGGCCGAGAGAAGAGAGUGCCACCCUGAUUCACCCCAGCCUUCCUAGAGAAGCCUCCAUGAAAACUGAUGAAAGCAGCCCAGAUUCUCCUGCGAAAGUGAAAGAAGAGAUUCUGGAAGAGGAAGAGCCCAUUGGCCUGGAGAAACAGUGCCAGCACUUCUGGCGGUUCUGCUACUGGGAGGCCGAGGGGCCGCGCGAGGUGUGCAGGCAGCUCCAGGGGUUUUGCCGCCAGUGGCUAAAGCCGGAGAGACACACCAAGGAGCAGAUCCUGGAGCUGGUGACCCUGGAGCAGUUCCUGGCCGUCCUGCCCCAGGAAAUGCAGAGCUGGGUCAGGGAUGGUUGCCCGCAGACCUGCGCCCAGGCGGUGGCCCUGGCGGAGGAUUUUCUGCUGGGACUACAGAGGGCUCAGAGAAGUGAAAAGCAGCUGUCCAAGGCUUUGGAAGGGGUGGUUGUUGAUCCCUCUGAUGCUGAGCACGGCCUGUCAGAUGCGGUGAAGAUGCAGUUUGCCACGGAGGCCCAGACGGAGCGUGCUGGUGCAGCCAUCUUGUUCAGGGCCAACAAGCAGUACCGCAAAGCUGGACAAAAGAGCGUGCAGUGGGCACCACAUGAGCAAGUGGAAUUCAGUGGGGCGCCCUUGGGAAUAUCCGAGGGGAAUGUAUUCCUGCUUCCCGAACUGGAAGAGGUGCGCAGAUGGCCACAGGCACCACAAAGCCACAUGGGAAGUGAUCCAGGAAGAAAAGUGAAGGAAGCCUCUUACGUUGGGGAAGGCAAAGAAGAAUUCAGCAAAAGCACUUUCCAAGCAGGAGUCAACCAGCAGAAGAUUAAGAAGGCAGGCAUCAACUGUGCGGUCAGCUUCAGCCAGACUUCUGUCGCCCUUAAGAACCAGGCACUGGAAAUAGUUGACAAGCCGUACAAAUGCACAGAUUGUGGGCGGGGUUUCCACCAGAAACCGUACCUUCGAGUCCAUGAACGAACCCAUACGGGUGAGAAACCCUACAAAUGCUUGGACUGCGGGAAAUCUUUCAAUCGGAGGACCGGGCUUUGUAGCCAUCAGAGAGUGCACACAGGAGAAAAGCCAUACCGGUGCUCCUAUUGUGGGAAAUGCUUCACAGGGACUGGGAGCCUUAAAGAACACGAGAGAACCCACACAGGAGAGAAACCUCAUAAGUGCUUGUACUGCGGCAAAUCUUUCAACCGGCGGGGUGUGCUUUGUAAACAUAAGAGGCUGCACACCGGAGAGAAGCCAUACAGAUGCUCGUACUGUGGGAAAAACUUCAGUCAGAGGUCGCACCUUAUUUCCCACGAGAGAACCCACACAGGGGAGAAGCCCUACGAAUGCGCAGACUGUGGGAAAUCUUUCCGUCAGAGCAAUGACCGCUCUCGGCACCAGAAGAUCCACAAAGGUGAAAAAACGCACAAAUGUGCCGAGUGCGGUGAAGCCUUCUGUCAGAGAGAAUACCUCGUCAAGCAUGAGAGGACCCACGCUGGGGAGAAACCGUACGAAUGUGCGGACUGCGGGAAGAGCUUCUACCAGCAAGCCCACCUUAAUGCACACAAGAAAAUCCACACGGAAGAGGCGGCUCACCAUUGUUCCGAGUGCGGGAAAUCCUUCCACCAGAGCUCUGACCUUCGUAGACAUCAGAGCAUCCACAAUGGCGAAAAGCCACAUAUAUGCCUUGAGUGCGGGGAACGCUUCUAUCAGAGAGCGUACCUUAUCAGGCAUCAGAGGACGCACACGGGAGAGAAACCAUACAAAUGCUCGGACUGCGGAAAGGGCUUCUACCAGCAGGCGCACCUCAAUGCACACAAGAAAAUCCACACGGAAGAAAGACCGUACCACUGCUCCGAGUGUGGGAAAUCCUUCUGCCAGAGCGCCAACCUUCGUAGACACCAGAGCACCCACAAUGGCAAAAAGCAGCAACAAUGCCCAGAGUGCGGAAAGAGCUUCUAUCACAGAGUGUACCUAUUGAGGCACAUGAGGACCCAUACUUGAGACGCAACUUAGCUUUUCCCCACUGCAUUGGUGUAGAAAAUAGCUUGCACAAAUCAGAGUUCUUACCUUCAUGGAUCAGCGGUGACGAGGGGAGAAUGCAUCACCAGCCCAGUCACAGACUUUUUAAACUCCUGGGAGGAAUUAAUCAUCAUAACCUUUGCUGGGUUGUAAGAAAACCCAGAGAUUGCGAUAUUUAGGUAAAGGGACCCCUGACCAUUAGGUCCAGUUGUGACCGACUCUGGGGUUGCGGCACUCAUCUCACUUU